AUGCUCCCGGCAUGUUCGCUUACAGACAUCGAGUAUAUGGGCGAUGUUGCUCUACUUGGUUCAGAUCCUUCAAAAAUACACACCAUUUUAGAUAACGUAAAUACUUUUGUCACAUGGUUCGCCAUGAGCUUCACAGCUGCAAAGUAUAAAGUGCUGCUAAAAGACUGGGUAGGAUCCCGACCUAAAGCUGCCACCUUGACUAACGUAAAUUUGUCACAUGCUGACAAUGGUGAUGAUGACCGGGUAGGAUCAAGCCCAAACCUUAUGCUUACAGAAGAACUAACCGACGUGGUAGGUAAAUUUGAUUACUUGGGCCACUUUAUAAGUUCCGAUGGGCUGGCUGGAAAUGAGAUUACAUUUCAAAUCGGCCAGGCCAGGGCAGCUUUUGCCAACCCACAAUACGUAUGGCGGCGACUUGACGCCAGCUUGUCUGUCAAAGGCAGAGUUUACACUAUAAAGAACAUGGACUCCGCGCGUACGGGAUAUACGAAAGAUGUCAGUACUCAACCAUCGAUGUCUCCGAAGCGUUGGUUGAAUAUAGUGGGAACUUUGGAUUAUUAG